AUGGAAAACGACUUGUCAACUCCACACUAUCAAAAUCAAGUUGAGGAAACUGAACUAUGUUUUGAGAUUUUGCCUGCUCCAGACCUGCCUACAUCUCUAGUACCAUGCCAAUCCCUUGCUGAGGAAGUCAUUCAGUUGGCCGAUAUAUUUGUCCCCAAUAGUGUGACUGAAGCACUAAAAGACUCAAAAUGGAAAGAAGCCAUGAAUGAAGAAAUGCGAGCGCUCCAGAAGAAGGCUACAUGGGAGCUCGUGCAUUUACCUUACUGA